UCAGUGAAGUGUUAACUGACUUCUCAGAGUGAAGCAGCUCUCAGUACCAGCAGGUGAAAACUUUCUCCAUGUUUCACUGUGGAGGUAGAGAUGCAUUCAUUACUGUAUUUCUCACCAGACGCUCUGGUGCAUCACGAUACAGCUCAUGUUUUAUUGUGAUUCAUCACUCCACGCAAUUCUGCUGAACCGCUUUGUGAUUCAAACUUUCCAUAUUCUGUCAAAAAAAAAGUAUGACUAUUUAAGAGUGCAUUUGCAUAACUUUCUUACCAGUUAAUUGUUUUUAAGGCCAUUGUUUAGCCAUUUCUUUUAUGCAUCACAGUUCGCAAUGAACAGCAAUAUUUCAUGUUUUCACACAUCAACAUCACAUCUCUUUAUCCAGUUAUCCUUGACAAACAUGUCCCAAGCAGUCCGAUCAACACCCAUCAAGCUGACAGCCGACAAAGCAACUUUGCAUUGUUUAGGUCACGUCGUCCCAGCAGACUGAGGGGUCAAGGCCUUGCGUCUGCUGUGGGUCUGCAGCUGCGAGAGGCUUCCCUGCUUUUCCCAAGACCCUCCGCUGCUGCCGACCUGCCUGGGGACACCAUGCAACUCUCCUGAGUCUGCUCCCUUGGCAGUGAGCACCCGUGGGAGGCAGGGUGAGAGAUAACGUACCGCUUGAAGAUCCCCACAUUACCUCACCAGAUAAGGCAAGGGGAGGGGAUGGACACUGGGCCUUUGGGUGGAGGAGAGGGCCGAACCCCUUCAAGCAUUUCGAGGGAAACGCUCAAAUGCAGUUAUUUACACACUGGUUCAGCGGUCUCGCCGGUGGUUCUCAUGGCAGAGCGAGCGCUGGAAGACGCUGUGGCACAGGAGAAGAGGGAGAUGGGAGGAAAGGGCGCGCGGACGCAGAGAUGGACACAACCAUGCGUGAGACAGACAACGCAGCGAGAGCCAAAGAAGUGGGUGAGGUCUGGCCCGAUUACGUCCAGGGCAUGCAAGACUCAAAACUCUCCUGAGAAUGCAGCAAGAGAGAGGAGCCGUGUUCGAAACCUUAGACAAGCCUUCCACAGCCUGCAGGCUGCUUUACCCUCCGUCCCCCCAGACACUAAACUCUCCAAACUGGACGUCCUGGUCCUGGCCACUAACUACAUCGCCCACCUGACAGAAACCCUGGACCAGGGUGGGAUGUUGGGGGACCACACCAUCCUGCAGAGAGCCGAGUACCUGCAUCCUGUGAAGAAAUGGCCCAUGCGUUCUCUUCUGUACUGUGGGAACAUAGGAGAGCGGAUGACAGGAGCACAGAUCAAUCAGGAAGCAUCGUGCCCAGGUGAAAGCAGACUAAAGGACUGACAAGAUUUUGAGAUACUUACCAAUUGUUAGAAAACACUGAUGCAUACUUUUUUAUGAAUAUGAUCUAUUUUUUUAGUUACCUUGACCACACAAAUACUGAAUAUUUCCACAUAAUUUUAUUUUAUUUUGAUUAAACACCGGUGUAUAGU